CUAUUUUCCGGUUUUCCCUUGGCUAGUUUCACUGAGCUGAGUUUACGUAAAGGCCUCACGGUACAGCUACUGUUAUGAAACUGAGUUCUGCUGGUCACGUGUCAGCAGAUGAGGACACAGCUGCUGACAGCAUCAGUUUCAGUGGAAACACACUGAAAGGCCCUCUGUGUUGAACCUCAGACAUUUACCAUCAUGCAACUGGAGGCUCAGCUCCGUCUAUGCCAGAGUUGCCUUUGGUGUUAUAAGAGUGGGCUGCGCCUCCUCUCCCAAAGCUAUGCACAUAGAAAAGCUGUGAACUACUAUGAUCUCCUGGGAGUUAAAUCUGAUGCCAACUUGGAGGAAAUUAAAAGUGCUUUUUUUGACAAAUCUAAGAAGCUGCACCCAGACAGCGACCCAUCCAACCAAGAGCUGCACAGCAAGUUUGUGGAGCUGAACGAGGCCUACCGAGUGCUGAGCAAGGACCUGAGCAGGAAGGAGUAUGACAUCAAAAUCAGACAUCCAUCCAGCGGGGGCCAAGCUUUUAGGUCUUCCUCCAGUCACGCCAGCUACACAGCCAGAUCGGAAACUCAGGAGAGCAUGCGUUACUGGGAGCAGGUUCACCAGUCUCACGCUCAGGACAUGACGAGGGAGGAGUGGCAGAGGAGGCGGAGGAGGAACUUCCGCUUGGUGGGCUACUGCGUCAUCACUAUGUUGCUCAGCGUCGGAGCCCACUUAGUCUUUUUCAGGAAAUUGGAAGACAUGCACAACAACUUCAUGGACAAGAAAGAUCAAGUCAUCACAGAAAUUUACAAUAAAUCCAAAGAGAGAGCCAGGGCCAACGGUUUUAAGAAGCAGACAGAAAUUCUGCGGGAGAAACAUGCUGAGUCUCUGAACAAAUACAGAAGGCCUGACGUUGGAGGAGACGAGUAGGAGAGUCUCUGUGCUGAGUGAUGACGGAGUUUGAAGUGGCAGCAGGUGAAGGGUGGCAGACUGAAUGUGAUAGAAGUUUGGGGAUUUUUAAAUGUUUUUUUCUGUGCUCAUCCUCACCUGGAGACACGCAGAACAUGCAUGUCAUGUGGGAGGGUUUUAUCUGGUCAUGCAGGUGUUUCUCCAUUUGCAAACUGAACUGUAUAUCAGGCGUGACUGCUUUGCAGAACACUGGAAGCGACCGGAGCAUCUAAAGGAUCCAACUACAGUGUAAUAAACACUGAAAUGAACUCAUAGGAACAUGUUGCUCACUAUUCCUCCACCCAGUUCCUGUGUUGGUGGUGCACAGCAUGCUGGGCUCACAGAUAACACUGACUUGAGUCGAUCAAGUCAAGACGAGACAGACUGUUGUAAUGUCGUUAUGUUUCUACCUGAAACCAACCUAACUGGAUUAAAGUCAUGUCUGGGGUUGGACACAAGAGGACGCUCGUUAAAUCUUCUGUCAGCUUUGAUGAGCCUGUUCAGAGGGAUGACUGAGGAGGGUGCAGUGUUGCAUGUACAGAGUCAAAAGUCUCAGCAAUAAUGAUUUUGCAAGCAAAGGUGUUGACAGUUAUGGAUCCCAACUCCUCACUGUUCCCUAUGAUGAGCUCAUGUGAAACUGCAGAAAUGUAAUGCUGGCAUUUCCAGGCAAAACAUGGUAUAAAGAUCGUUUGUUAGAAAUGGAUAUCAUCCACUAUUAUGACUUGAAAAGAGUGACACUGAGUAAUUUAUUUAUUGUCAAACUAUUGUAAUAAGGUCGAGACUAUGAAAAUGUGGAAGUUGGGUGACAUGAUGGUUCAUAGUUACAGAUGAAGGUUCCUCCAGAGCUGAUAUUUACCAUUUUGCCUCUCACUUUUUAGGAUAUUGGAGUUAGUUGUUGUUUUGACUGCCUUGCCCUGAGAAAUUCAUUAAAAGAUCAGCCUUUUCCUCAUGA